CUUUUUUCUGUGUCCUUUUGUUUAAUCCAGCUGCGGUGAUAUGAUGAAUGUUAUUUCCGUGUAGAUGUGGUUAGCGUUAGAGUGAAGUGAAUUCAUUGCGUUUGACGCAUUUAUUAAUCUGUUUUACUGCACUCAAUAAUUAAGUGAUCGUGAGCUAGUAGCUGUACUGUCGAGCCAUCCAUUUCUUGUAUAUCAGGUAGGUAUAAAUUUAUGUAGAGGUACACAAUAUGUGCAGCAUUAUGAUCAAAUAAGUAUGUACUAUACAGAAUGACUGAGGACAAAGCUAUAUAAAUCUAAUGUACCUACUUAUUUUUGCGUUUUUCUAUAGGUAGGUAGGGUGUUUCCUAAUACAUUGACUGAUUUUUUUAGAAGGUACAAUGGAUGAUGCUGAGGUUCAUGCCGUUUAUUAUUUUUUGCUGGGAUUAUCGUACACAGAAAUAUUGGCGAUGUUGAGCUUUUGCCAUGGUUUUCACUUAAGUUUGUCGACACUAAAACGAAAACUAAAUUGCCUAGGACUAUAUAGAAAGAAGCACUUCUCAGAGCUACAUUUAGUUGUAAAUUUUAUUGAACAACAACUACAAAGUUCAGGACAGCUGCAUGGAUACCGGUGGAUGCACUUAAAAUGUAUUCAACACGGACUCACUGUAACUAGGGAAGCUGUACGAAUGAUAAUAAAUGAGCUGGAUCCAAUUGGAGUCACGUUUAGAACAAGAAAAAGACUGCGCCGCAGGAAAUAUUCAACGCGUGGACCUAACUUCGUAUGGCACGUUGAUUCUUAUGAUAAAUUGAAGCCAUAUGGAAUAGCUAUAAAUGGAGCUAUUGACGGAUUCUCUCGGCAUAUUAUGUGGUUGAAAGCUGGCAGAACUGCAAGUGACCCGAAGGUAAUAGGAGGGUACUUUUUGGAAGCCAUAGAAAAAUAUGGAGGAUGCCCAAGACGGCUACGUUCAGACCUUGGCACGGAAAAUAGGUACAUGGAGCAAUUUCAAAUAUUUUUUAGAACAUUGCCCGCAGAUAAUACGGAUGUGUGUUAUGGAGACCGAAGUUUUUUGUAUGGGACCAGUCAGGCGAACCAACGCAUAGAGUCGUGGUGGUCGAUAUUAAGGAAACAAAACGCUCAGUUUUGGAUGAACAUUUUUCAAUCACUAAAAGAAGACGGUUACUUCAGUGGAACGUAUUUGGACAAAUCAUUAAUACGAUUUUGUUUCAUGGCUAUAAUACAAAAAGAACUUGCACAAGUUGAAUUGGAAUGGAAUACACAUCGUAUAGCAGCGUCACGAAAUUCCAUAUCCCCCAAAGGUCGGCCUAUUGUGUUGUUUGAAUUGCCACAAGCGUAUUAUACACAGACCUACAUAUGCCAAGUGACCCACCAUGAUUUGAAUAUCUGUAAGCAAGAAUCCUCAUUUCUGUACUUACCCUGUGACGUCCAUGUAUACCAACUGUGUAAAUUAAUAAUGCGAGAGAAAAAUUUGCGUGAACCAUCAGAUUCGUAUGAAGCAGUGAAUUUAUACCUUACAUUAAGGGAAGAGAUUAUGUCCCAGAUUUUAUAGUUUGUAAGAAAACAUAUUUUUUUGUCAAAAUGCCACAUUCUGUGUGGAAUAGAUUCAAGAUUGUAUUAAUUUCAUCAUUCUCUGGGCUUAUG